CCCCGACGACCUGCUCGUGGAGAUCCUCCUCCGCCUCCCGCCGGAGCCCAUCCACCUCUUCCGCGCCUCCUUCGUCUCCAAGCACUGGCGCGGCCUCGUCCACGACGCCCGCUUCCUCCGCCACUUCCGCGACUUCCACCGGGGGACGCCUCCCGUCCUCGGCUUCUUCAGCAACCAGCCGGUGUCUCCCCUCUUCGUCCCCACCUCCGACGGCUUCGCCGUCCCCGCCGCCGCCACGAUGCGCCACGGCGAGUGGUGGGCCCUCGACUGCCGCCACGGCCGCGCCCUCCUCCUGGACCAAUGACACGGAAGGCUCCUCGUCUGGGACCUCAUGAACGGCGACAAGCACUACCUGCCGUUCCCCACACAGGCCCAUCUGGAGGGCGAUGAGUACAAUGGCGCGGUCCUCUGCGCGGCUGGCCACGCCGACCACGGCGACUGUCAUUCGUGCCCGUUUCUCGUGGCGUUCGUGUUCAAUCAGCAGAGUGAUUUCAAUACCUCCGCGUGCGUCUACUCGUCCGAGACAAGCGUUUGGGGUGAGAUCCACUCGAUCGAAAUUCCAGAUGUAUCAGUUACAUGGGCUCCGACGCCACUGAUUGGAAAUACACUCUACUGGAUUUUGGAUACCUCUGGCGGCGCUAUCGAAAAUGAGUGUUGGAUCGUUGAGUUUGAUUUGGAUGCACACAAUUUGGAUUUAACUGGGGAGAUUCCAUACUACGUGCUCGAUAAGUACAAUAGGCAAAUUGUUCUCAUGCCAGCAGAUGAUGGACGGCUUGGUUUCGCCGGAGUUGACACAUUCAGUCUCCAUUUGUGGUCAAGUAUAGCUUGCGUUGACGGGAUGGUAACAUGGGCACAUUGCAGAGUCAUUGAUCUGGAGAAUUUUCUUGCACCGGAAGCAGUGGCGGCGUGUCGGUAUGUACCAGAUGCAGUUGGCUAUGCUGAAGAUGCCAAUGUGAUCUUCAUUCGUGUGGAUCCAAACAUCUAUAUGAUCCAUCUCAACACCAUGCAGAUUGAGGAGGUCUCAGAGAAAGGGGCCUAUUGGUUUGUUUUUCCUUACACAAGUUUCUACACUCCAGGAAUCACCACUGGUGGUGGAGAUGAUCAAGCUGAGCCAUUAAACGACUGUUGAGAUGAUUGUGCUUUCACACCUGCAGUCACACUUUGCUGGUCUAAGAGGUACCCAGGUUCUUUGUUGCUGUGACUAAAUGCAGAAACAACUUACCCAUGCUGGUUAGUACUUCCCUCCGUCCCAAAAUAAGUGUCUCAACUUAAAGUUAGUACAAAGUUGAGACACUUAUUUUGGGACGGAGGGAGUAUUUUGUAAAUGUUGACGGCUCAAUGUGGCUGUACAAGUCGCUGAAUGUGAUGCUAACCUUGCAAAAGGUGUCGAAUUAAUCGUGGGAUGUUAUCUUUAGCGGUUCUAUAUGCAUUAACCAACUUUACCAGCGCUUGGUAAAAUGUAAGUCAUACUUCAGAAUAUUGUUGUUGAGAAGAUGGCAUUUGUUUGGCCU